UCUUGUAAUUGUCUAGCAUUUUGCAAGUGUUACAUUGGUGCGCGUGACCCGAAUGAGAUGCUAAGGAAAAGUGAUGGAUGAAUGGAUGAUGCGCACCGUUUUACCCACCUACAUGUCAAGUACGUGCAUUUACAUGCCAGCUUCCUUCUGCCUCCAGAUGUGCAUUUUAGAGUGCAAGGGUCAGAUCUCCUCCUCGCGCACCUGGGAGUUGUGUGAGCACGCCCUGAAGCUCGCCAUCUAUCCUCCGCUUGCCGAGGAAGGCGGCCUUCUGAAAAGCACGGCGGGAGAGCUGCAGAUGACCUCCCUGGAUCUGACCUCUGAUGGUGAACUGCAAUCAGCGGCCGCACAACCUUACCAAGAGGAGGACGAGGACCUGGUCGAGGCCCCCUUUGAGCAGCGCCGCGUCCAUUACGAUUCAUCGCUGCUGGAAUCCUCGGAGGCGGGGGAGGACGUGCAGAGCCUGGCUCUCCAUCUGAACGACGGAGACAGCGAGCAGAGGGAAGGCGGGAACGUCAGCGAGCGGGAUGAAAGCUCGGAGGCCGUUAGCUUAUCGAAACGCUUCGGCGGCUUUCAGCGGGGGCGCCACGGUUACAGGAAGUUGAUUGGCUCCCCCGCGAGACACCUCCAGAAGCGCUACGGAGGCUUCAUUGGCGUCCGCAAAUCUGCCCGAAAAUGGAACAGUCAGAAACGGGUCAACCAGCUGCUCAGGCAGUACCUCGGCAUGAGGAGCAGCCGCAGCGGCCGCUUCAACUUCUCCCCGGUAACAAGAGCCUGGAGGCAAAACAAACUGUAAACACGUUGCCCAAAAUCCUGCUACGCAUACCUCAACCACUCAUCUUUUCAACAGUCUGAACUGUGACUUCCACCAUCGUCGUCGGCUCUUUGUGUCCAACCAGUA